AUGACUAUUACAGUUUACGGACACUCCGCAUCUACUUUUACUAGUGCAAUAUUCCAUACUCUUAAAGAAUUAGGAUUACCUUAUGAAUACAAGCAAAAAAAUUCCGAAGACAUUAAAUCUCCAGAAUAUAUAGCUACCAAACAUCCUUUCGGAAGAGUUCCUUUUCUCGACGAUGACGGAUUCCAAAUUUACGAAUCUCGUGCAAUAGCUCGUUAUUUGGUAAAUAAAUAUCAAGGAACCAAAACUUCCACCGUUCUUAUUCCUUCUGAUGUACAUAAAGCCGCUUUGGUAGAACAAUUUAUUUCAGUAGAGACUUCUUAUUAUACUCAUCCUCUUAUUAAAAUGCUUUCGCAAUUAAUCUUGGCGAAAAAUAUUUAUGAAAAAUUAUUGGAGGGUAAAGAUUAUUUAGCUGGAGAAUUUUCUUUAGCUGAUCUUCUUCAUAUUCCUUAUACUUUUUAUGCUAUUAAUAUUGCUGGUGAAAGUGAAUUAUGGAUAAACGCCCUAACGUUCUUAGGUGGUGGAAGAAUAUUGGUGAACGUGAAUGUUGGAAAAAUAUUGUCACUGAAUAUAAACUAG